AUGCUGUCUGAAUUGCGACAGGACAAGAGCAAGUUGCUCAACUUGCCCUCGGAGAUUCUCGCCGAGAUCGUCAAAGAACUGCGUUUCAUCCACGUUCCUCUUAGCGCUGAGUACCCUAAUGUCAAGAUAGAGACAGAAACCCAUGAGAACCUCAAGUCAUUGAGAUUGGCGCACAGAACAUUCGCAGAUAGCGAUGCCUUGAACAGCAUCCUCUUCAGCAACAUCUACCUGGAGCCCACCCGUGCUAGCCUCACGAGUCUUCAGCGCGGUGACUUCUCGCGCGUGGCACAGUAUGUCCAUUCCGUCACGUUCACGACACCACCCAGCUGGGCGCUUCCCUACCAAGCGUAUGAGAAGAUCCUCCGCAGCUCACAGGAAUCAUGCGUGCUAUUUUGGCCUGAAGGGUUGAAGUCUGCAUAUGAUGCAUACAUGAGCGAUGCUAAAGACACGCAGGCAUUGCUUGAGGAUUCAGAGGGUGAGCUUAAGCAAGCAUGGACAGAGAUUCUGAAGACUUUGGGAGACCGCCUCGAGAAGGUGAAGCUUCUAAGCUACAAUUGUGAAAAAAUUCGCCAGGUCAAGUAUCUUGACGCGAUCGGCAGGGAGGAAAUGGGGAUGCCGUGGCAGCUUCCACGGCAUGACCAUCAAGAAGAUAAAUGGGCGCAUUUUGAGCUCCGCAAUGAGAAUUCCGAACCCACCGUCGAGUACCAUUGUAAGCAUGCUGCCGCCGUCGCAGGUGAUAAACUCAUCACCAUGGUUUUCACAUGCCUCGCAACAUCGGGCAUUGCUAUCCCAAAUCUCAACAUUCAGCUGUUCAUGACUGGUGGCGUCGAGUGCAAGGACAUUACCGGCUGGGAAGACCUCGACUUCAGCAAGCUCAAGGUUCUCCACAUCUCGCCCGAGAUCCCUUCUGGUGAGAACGGUCUCGUCGAGCGUCAUCUUUGGGGCAUGUCAAACUCACACGCCGAGAAAAUGAAGAUCAAGGCUGGCGACUUUUGUCACGAUCUGCUGGACAAGUGUCAUUCCAGCAUACAGCACUUCGCCUAUGGCAUAGAUCAGGUCGGAAAAGGUGUUCUCUGCUGGCCAACUCGGAAGCCCAGCCACGACUUCCCGGAGCUUAUUCACCUGACACAGAAGGGCAACAUCUUCCCUCAGGCCCUUGCACACUGGCUUCUCCACUUGAAGAGUCUGCGACAUCUCGAGGUAUCUGGUAAAGUCUGCCGAGGACCAGCUGACAUCGACUGGCGGUUUGUCUUCAGUGCGAUACGCGAACAUCCCAACGUAUCAGGCGAAAACCCCAAGGGUCUUAGGGUUGAUCUUGAUAAGCUUCAAGUGGAAGGAAUUCUUUCUUACAGUGGAGUUAUUUGCAAGGACGCUAGCAUUGCCUCGAAAAGACAUGAGCGCGAUAUGAGUCUAGAGUACUGGCGGGAUGUGAAUUAUGGUAUGGAAGCUCACUUUUAUGGCGAGAUGCCUCUUGAAGAAAACAAGGCUCUGUUAUACCGUAUGGGCCAAUGGGAACCAAGAGACGAGGAAGGUGACAGUGAUUCUUGA